AUGGGGGAGAUGCCGGAAAGAUCCCCCUGGGGACCCUGGACUGAGUUCGGUCGAAGCAUCUGUGGGGCAGAGGAGGCGGUCGCUGCUACGAUCGACCAGAUCCUCACGGAUGGCGGCACACUGCUUUGGCAGAAGUAUCUCGAGAGAAAGGCCUUCUCCUUCGCCUCCAAUGCCAUCUCUGAUGCUUUGGUCAGCCGUCUGCGGAUGUGCUACGUCAGCCAUGAUUCAGGGGAGACUGCAGUGGACGGAGCUCUAAGAGGCCCGGAAUGGAACAUUGAAGAUGAGCCGCAGCCUUGCGAGAUCGACAGCUGGGCGCGAAUGCAUUUGCCGGUUCGGCGAAGUGGGAAGGCCGACGAGGCCUCCACAUCCGGGGGAAAGCUGCCGGGCAAGCCUCGACGAGGCCAGCUUGCGAGCUCUUCGCGCCCCAAGGCCGCCAGUGGCCUUUCUUCUGUCAAGGAGAAGGCCACCGACCAGCCUCCGAGGAUGUUCAUGCUGGAGGGCGAGAACGCUGUGGAUCCUGAAGAGGAGAGGAUGCGCGAGGCCAAAGCCCAAGAGGAAGCAAGGAAACGUGACAAGGAACGCCUUGCGAAGGAGUCCGAGAAGACGCAAGAGGAGGAGAGGCGGAAGGUGCAACAGCUCCACGAGGAGAUGUCAAAGCGACCGCACACCUUCGACACCGAGGGGAAUCUCAUCUGGGUCGAUGAGUUGAAGCCGGAGCGUCUGCCGAAGCUCGUGGAAGCCUUCGGCUACUCUAUGAAACGUGAGCCGAAGAUGCGGGACGACAAGGCAGCCCUCGGAACGACCAUGGCCGCCCCCAAGGCCAAGCAAAGGCCAAGGAGGCGCCAAGUGCACUGGCCGUGUGCAGUUACUUCGGCGGCUGCUGAGAUGCUUCCACGACCACGACUGUCCCAAUGUAUGCAUUCUUAG